GUAUGUUGAACUGUAUCCUGAGUUGCAGUCCUGUGCCUGCAUUCCUCUCAUCUAGGAUUAGCUUGAAAGGCGGAAAAAAAUCAUAAAUAAUAACAGACGCAGAUUGGAAUACGGCGCUGAAGCAUCUGUUUUCAAUCAGGACUAACGUUUUAAAGGACGUGAUAUCCCUGGGUGAUCGCAGAACUGGAUCUGUUUGCUUUACGGGAGCCGUGUAAAAUAAAGGGCACACAAAUGAGAGGAAAAGUACAUAGAUACGUCGUUUUUAAUUCGCGUUCAACCGGAAAACGAGCGCUGGUGAGCGAUAACAAGAAGCCAAACGAUAUCGUCUUCUUUUAAGAGCAACAAAGGUAUCUGGCUGUAAUACAUUAAUAUUUUAGGCGAGUUAGCUUCGUCAAAAUAAAAAUACAAGACAUUAGGCUUUCAAAAUGAACGCAAUCCGUCUGUGGUAAGUGCGGCCAGGUAAACAUCAGGCGAAACAUGGACAGAAAUUAUUCUAUAAUGUUUAACCAACACAGAUAGCAAGAGAAUAGCUCUGAUAAUUAUAAAAUCGCAGCUCUUUGUGGUUUAAUGCUACGAGAGCAUGUUGGUAUGCAUGUAUACGCGCCAAUUGUACGUUCAUUCAAUGUCGUGUCAUUAUAAUAUAUAAAAUAGUCUUUCUAGCUUCACCGGCUUCCUCUCUUAUAGUUGUAGGGGACAGAAAUCUUAUCGCUAUAGUGUUACACGAGCAGCACCGAUACUCAGGUCUACUUUAUUGUAAUUCCAGCAGUGCAAAUGUCAUGUGCCCUGGGCACAAAUCAAACGCGUGAUCGACUGCUUGGGUGAACGACUAGCGCUCUACAGCUGCUUACGAAAGGACGUUUCAGCGCAACUUGUGGCGUCACCCUUUUCCUGUUUAAAACUGUUUAAACGACGAUACGAUUUUUACAUUUGGAUUUAACUGAUCUUAUCUUGACUGACUCUGGACGUUAGACGAGGUCGUAGCUUUUAACUAGUUAGUUCGAGUUAUCUUUCAGCGGAUUGUCAGGCGUCUGUCAUUUAACGCGUGCUCCGUCUGGCACUGGGUUUGGAAAUAGACUGACAGUUGGUUUGACCGAUGCUUUUCAAACCUAUUCGAGCUUCUGCGCGGAUUCGUUUUGACCGUUAAAAGGCAUUAUUUACGGGAUCUCUGAAGAAUAGUGUAUUACAAGGUAACCUAUUUUCAGGUAAAGUAAAAAAAAAUUGGAUAUUGUUAAGCUUAAAUCAGGCAAAGACGAAAAUAAAUGUGCCACUAUUUGGGUCACCAACUACUUUGCAUACAUUAAAUUAUUAUUACUGUUGUAAUAAGCAAUUCAUUACUGCGUUUUAAUGUUUUUGUUUAGUUGUCAGACUAUCAAAUGAUAUUAAAAAUCGGAAGUAAAGUUCGUAAAACGAACACAACGGUUAAACUGAUUUUUCAUAAUAGCAUUUUAAAUUAGUUAAUUUUCUAUCAUGUUUCGCUCGCCCUAAAAUGUUACCAUAAUCAGUUAGUGCUCUUUUUUAUGGUUAUCAUUUGUCGAAGUUUCUCUCGUUAAAAAGGAACCCUAGACGUCUUAGAUUCCUUCUUUCACGCCCGUCUGUGGUAUUUGAUUGCUGACUAACUUCGCCAGGAGCACAAACGCUCCCUUGGUAUGUUUGGGUCUGAUCAGCAGCUGUUUCUCUGGGGCUUCUGUGCUCGACUGACCUAACACCUGGAUCUAAAUGAAAGAGUCGCGAGAAUGAGCGAAACCUUGUUGGGACGGUGCUAGAACUUGAUGUGUGCCUUCCGCGAGCGGAUCAACUUAAAACUGUAUGUCUGAUCAACUGGUUGAGAUGGCUGAGAACUGGCGGAACUGCUUCGAGGAGGAACUCAUUUGUCCCAUUUGUUUGCAUGUGUUCGUGGAGCCCGUGCAGCUGCCGUGCAAACACAACUUCUGCCGGAGCUGCAUCAGCGAGGCCUGGGCCAAAGACACGGCCAACGUGCGCUGCCCGGAGUGCAACCACGCGUACAAUCAGAAACCCAACCUGGAGAAAAACAUCAAACUGAAUAACAUUGUAGAGAAGUUCAACGCGCUGAACGUCGAGAAAACUCCGGCCGUGUUGCAUUGCAUUCUGUGCAGGCGAGGGCCUCCUCUGCAAGCGCAGAAAGUGUGUCUUCGUUGUAAUGCACCGUGUUGCCAGUCUCACAUCCAGACGCAUCUCCAGCAGCCCUGUCCCGCUCCCGGACACCUCCUGGUGGGGGUUGAGGAGGUGCGGGCCUGGAGCUGCCUGCACCACGAUGAAUACAGACUCUAUCACUGCGAUGCGGAACAGGUGGCGGUCUGCCAGUACUGCUGCUUCUCCAGAUGUGCGUCCAACCACAGCCACGCGGUGUGCGACGUGGAAGUGCGACGCAAUGACAUCAGGCAUAUGUUAAUGAAGCAGCAGGAUCGCAUUGACGAUCGAGUGAAAGACAUUGAGGAGCAGCUGUAUAAGUUAGAGACUGACAAACUGCUGGUGGAGGAUAAGGUACAGCAGCUGAAGGACGAGGUGCGUGUGCAGUAUCGCAAAAUGCACCAGCUCUUAGAAGAUGACCUGGGGAGAACUCUAGAGGUGCUGGAUAAAGCACACUCCAAAUACUGCCAGGAGAACUCGACCCAAACCCUCCAGCUCAAUGAACGCCAUCAGGAGGCCAAGAAACUGCUCAGCUCUGUCCAAGUUGUGUUUGACAAGGCAGAGGAUAUUAACUUUAUGAAGAACACGAAACCAGUAAAAAUACUCAUGGACAGAUCACAGUCAUGCACAGGCAGUGUUCUGCCUCCUUACAAAGUGGGUCAUCUUAAUUCCAAAAUAUUCUUGUCUGAAGUUUCAAAAAAGGAAAAGAACUUGAGAAAAGUACUGGAAGCACCAUUCAGUACUCCUGCGCACUUCCUCCAGAGUGUUUCUGUCCACCCCUCCAGUGUGAAUACCUCUGGGGGUGAGAAACGCAAACACUCCAAGGCCUUCCCUGAAAGCAGCACCAGCCUGCUGGAGUCAUCGUCAGGCCCCAUGAGCAAACAGCAGUUCCUGGGUCAAGGUUCCCACUCCACAGACGGGCCGGCGUCGCAGCCACCCAUGGCUCCCUGUAGCUCCACCCAGCACAUUGUAGGCCUCAGCAGUAGCAGCAGUGCCCAGUCUGUCCAUCAUUCCAGCUCCGUUUUUACUCCAGCCGACUACCCCAACCCCAGCUCGUCCCAGCAGGCCAUGCUGCCGCAGUACGGCGGCCGUAAGAUUCUCAUGUGUACGAUGGACAACUGCUACUGCUCUAGUGUCCCCUCCAUAUCUAACCACCGUGGUCAUCCUCCCUACCCACGCUCUGGAUCUUUCCCUUGGACACAGGACUACACCCACCCCCUGCCCUCCACACCUUCAAUGUCCCAGCCUCUCCAGGGGCUCUCCAUGCAUGACUGGAUCGAUGCCUCACAGAGCCAUAGACACCCUGAUUUCUAUGGACUCUACGGGCAAUCUUCCACUAAACCAUACGUCACCAGUUAACUUCCACUGCAACUCUGGUUUAUCUCCAAUAACUCGCCCAAUUACUUAAGUUUCAGUCACAUUUGCAAAAUGUAAGUGAAAUUUUGCAUGCAAAAACAAGUCCAUUCUCAAUAGCAUAUAGAUG